AUGUAUCGAGUUGUGUCCGCAGAAUCAAUUAGUGUGGGCUAUAGGGGUGAAUGCAGUGAUGAUGGAGGUGAAACAGAAGAGGAGCUUGACUGCUUGAAAGGAUCUGAAACUGAAGAAGAUGAGGAAGGGAAUCCACUCCCUGUAAACUCUUGGAGAGGCAUUAAACUUAAAUCUUGGAACAGAAGGGUAGACCUGAAGAACCCCAAGUUUUUGGUUGGGUUAUGUUUUGCAAACUCAGAGCAGUUAAAGGAAGCAGUUAGGGAGUAUGGUUUGGUGAAUAGAAGGGGUGUUUGGUUUCAAAAGAACACUCCUAAGAAGGUUGAGGUAAAAUGUCAGUUGGGCUGUCAUUUUUGGUUGUAUGCUAGUGGCAUUCAAGAGCUUGGACCAAGCACACUUGUGAUCAAGACUCUCAGAUCUUAUCACAACUGUUCACAUCUUCAUAAAAGUCACCACUUGAACUAUAAUAGGAUUGCUAAGGAGGUACAGCAAGACCUAUUGGUGGAUGAAGGCUGGUCUAGGAAGGGGAUUCAGAACCACAUUCAAAAGAAGUUCAAUUUGGAUGUUUCUGUGCAGACAAUUUCAAGAGGAAAAAAUAAAGCUAAAAGGAUGAAUGAAGGGCAUUAUGUGGAGCAGUACAACAAGCUAGCAAGUUACAAGAAGGAGUUGUUGAGGAGUAACCCAGGUUCUACUAUAGAGAUUAAGACUGAGAUGGUGGGGGAAGUUAGAAGGUUUCAUAGGAUGUAUGUGUGUUUUGCUGCUUGCAAGAAAGGGUGGAUUGAAGGCUGCAGACCCUUGAUUGGGUUGGAUGGGUGUCACAUAAAGGGUCAGCACCCAGGGCAGCUUCUAUGUGCAGUAGGUAUUGAUGCCAAUAAUGGCAUGUUCCCUAUAGCUUAUGCUAUAGCAGAAGUGGAGAACACAGAUACAUGGAGGUGGUUUCUAAAGUACUUGAUGUGGGAUUUGAAAAUGGAGAGAGAUUCAUCCUACACUUUUUUGAUUGACAAACAGAAGGGCUUGGGGAUAGCCAUAGCUGAAUUGUUUCCUGGUGCUGAACACAGACAUUGUGUUCGGCAUAUGUACAAUAACUUCAAGGCCAAGCAUCCAGGAGAGGGGCUUAAACAGCUUGUAUGGGAUGCAGCAAGGAGCAGCACCAGAGUGUGGUUCAACAAGCACAUGGAUGAGCUGCAGCAAUUGGACCAAGAAGCAUGGCAAUGGUUUCAAGACAAGCAUCCAGAGCAAUGGAGCAGGGCAUACUUCAGAUCUGAUAGCAAGUGUGAUAUAUUGCUCAACAACUUGUGUGAGUCAUUCAAUGCAGCAAUUCUUCCAGCAAGGGAUAAGCCCAUCUUAACCAUGUUAGAGAAGAUAAGAAUGGACCUAAUGGUUAGGAUGGCAAACAGAAGGGUUGGAGUUCAAAAGUGGACUGAUAUGGUUGGGCCUAGGAUAAAAAAGAUUUUGGAUAAGGUGGCAGAGAGGACCUCUUGUUAUAGAGCAUAUCACAGUGGUGAACAUGAGUUCCAGAUCACUGGAGGUGGUGAAAAUGGCAGUAAGCAUGCAGUUGACUUAAGGCUCCACACGUGUACAUGCAGGAGGUGGCAAUUAAGUGGCAUACCUUGUGUUCAUGCCAUUUGUGCUAUUAGAAGCAAAGGAGCAGAACCUGCACUUUUUUGUGAUGACUGCUUGAUGCCUUCCUCUUAUAUGGAGGCAUAUAAUCCCAUUAUUCAUCCUAUUGCUGGUGAUGAUGAUUGGGAACAAGUUGAGUAUCCAAUUGCACCUCCCCCAUAUAAGAAACAAGCAGGAAGGCCAAAAAUGAAGAGAACCAAGGAACCUGGUGAGAACAAGCUACCUCCACCAGCACCUAACCAAACAGAUAACAAAAAAAAGAUGCCUAGAACCUACACCAAGAUGACCUGCCAGGUGUGCUUCAAGAAAGGCCAUAACAGGUUGGGCUGCCCAAUCACUAAGGCCAAAAAAGCAGCAGCAGCUCAACAAGUAGGUGAAGGGAGUUCCAAUGGAGGCCAGCAAACUAGGAAGAGGCAAAGAAGGCAGCAGGCACCAAAAGUUCCAACCUCAAAGGGUAAUAGCGGAUUGAGGGAUCAGAUCAUCAAGUUUAGGUGGGGUUGGAAGAAGUUGAAGACCAUGGAGGGCAACCAAGGUGCAAAUGGAGGGGCUUCUAGUUCACAAGCAAUGCAUGAACCUCCAACUCAGAGUAGCCAAAACCCUGCAGCAAAAAAGGCACAACAGAAGGGCCAAACUGAAUCUGAAUGGGCAGGAUUUUGAGGCAAGGGUUGGGUCUUGAAGAACCAAUCGACUUUUUGUAUGGAACAUGUAGGGUUAUGAUGUAAUGAACAUGACUUUUGAAAUUGCUCUCUUUUGUUGAAUUUCUGGAACAAUUUGUCGGUUUCAAGAGGCAAUGAAUUUCUAUUUGGUUA